CCACCACCGUCCUCAUCGCUACGGUCUACCUACACCGCUCAACUGCAAAAUAUUCGUAAUUAAUGUAAAACUUAAAUACAGCGGCAGUCUUGAGAAUAUCAUUCCUCUGCAAAGUGUGGAAUAUUGGAAGAUAUUUGGUUUAGUACAAAAGUGGACGAUGAAGGUGAGCUUAUUACUGAUGGUAUGUUUUGUGGUUCGCGCGCAGGAUAUCUCAGAAAGGCCCUGGAUAGUGGGCGGGCAAGGAUGGGGCGGACAGGAGCGCGUGCCGUGGUCGGGAUCCGAGCACUGGACGGGUGGGCGUGGUGGACGCGCGUCUGCGUGCGGGCCGCCUUGCGUGUGCGUACUGCAGAGUGAACGCAUGCUGCUGGUGGACUGUUCCAUGGCGCAAGCCACCGCUGACGUGGUACAAAGCUUCGCCUCAAGCCCACCGCCAUCCCUGGCCAACAAGAACGCCACAGUGCGGCUCGUUGUCAUGAGCUCCGAACUCCCCGGCUUAGACGACGAUUCCUUCGGCAACGUGAGCUUUACCCAUGUCCACAUCAAGUACAACCACGGGCUGGACCACGUGGCUCCGGAUGCCUUCAGCGCUUCCCGAUCCACCCUUCGUGUUCUGGACUUACGUAACAACAACCUCACUACCUUCCCCCUGGCUAAUCUCAGGUCGUUUGAGCAGCUGCAGUUCCUAUCUGUGGACGACAAUGGCGUGAGUGAGGUGCCUGACAGGGUAUCGGAGCUGGCCUCUCUCGUCCACUUAAGUGCCUCCAACAAUCGCCUUCACACACUUCACCCUUCCGCCCUCACCUCCCUGCCGUUACUCCAGUUCCUCGACCUGCACUCCAACCACCUGGAUUACCUGCCUCACCAGCUGGCCUUCCUACCUGCGCUUCGCUCCCUCAUAGUGUGGGGAAACCCCAUAACCACACUUUCCCCAGGGUCUUUCCGGGGGAUGAGAAGUCUGGAGUAUGUUGACCUGAGCUACACAAACAUCAAGGAGGUGGGAGUAAGCAGCAUGGAGACUCCUACCUCUUCCCCGUGGUUCAUCUCCUUUCGUCGCACCCCAAUAACUAAGCUUAGUGAAGCAGCCUUCCAUAAUGGUUCUCUACCGAGCUGGGUGGAUCUGAGAGAGACAGGAGUGCAAAGCCUUAACCAGGCCUUCUUCCAGCCUCUGCUACACAACAUGGCCCAGCAAAACAUUGUCCACAAUGAUUGGGGAAAACCACAACUGUGGAUACACAAUGAAGACCUGGCAUGUGACUGCAGCAUCAAGUGGCUGGUUACCAACACAACGCUCCUCCAUCACGUGUCAGGCCGGUGUAAUGACAAGAACAUCAAUGUGCGUUUUCUUGACCCUGACUAUUUCAAUAUCUUUUGUUUCUAAUUAAAA